AUGCCAAAACGAAAGAGUUCCGGAGAAGCGGAUGAAAAUCACAUGACAUCAGGACUAGCCGACAUCAACGAAGUAUUCAAAAAUUUGCCGCCAACAUCAACUUUCUUUUCGCGGUUUUUACCCGAUAAUUCACUCCCAGCCCCUACACAGUUCCAAAAACCGAACCCUUCCGACAGCGAGCUACGCGCACUGAAGCGGCGAGCGGAUGAGGAGAAAGAAGUAAACGCUGCCGCAAAAAGUUUACUGACCUCGUCUGGAGUUGCCAGAGCCGUCAUUCCGGCGGGUGCCCCUUCGAUUGCUUCUGCAACCAGUAAGAUGGCACCGCAGUCAGUGACGGCUACCACAAAAACUACAACUCGUGGUAAAGUAUCGGGAGAAGGAGAGUAUCAGCUCAUCAAAAAUGAGGUGCUGUGCUCUCCUUAUGGUAAUCAAUACGAAGUUCUUGAAUUUCUCGGCAAGGGUACUUUCGGACAAGUGGUGAAAGCUUGGAAAAAGGGAACCAGUGAAAUUGUGGCAAUCAAGAUUCUGAAGAAACAUCCGAGUUACGCACGUCAAGGACAAAUUGAAGUGUCAAUACUUUCAAGGCUUAGCAAUGAAAACUCUGAAGAGUUUAACUUUGUGAGAGCCUACGAGUGUUUCAACCACAAAAGUCACACAUGUCUUGUUUUCGAGAUGCUCGAGCAGAAUCUGUAUGAUUUUUUGAAGCAGAACAAAUUCAUGCCACUGCCACUCAAUGCAAUUAGACCUAUUCUGUUCCAAGUGUUAACAGCUCUUCAUAAAUUGAAGACUCUCGGAUUAAUUCAUGCUGAUCUCAAGCCAGAGAACAUUAUGCUCGUCGACCCACAACAGCAACCAUUCAGAGUAAAGGUCAUUGAUUUCGGAAGUGCUUCUCACCGCAACAAGGCUGUCACAAACACCUAUCUGCAGAGUAGAUACUACCGGGCUCCUGAAAUCAUCCUCGGAUUACCCUUCAACGAGUCGAUCGACAUGUGGUCAUUGGGAUGUGUGAUUGCUGAGCUUUUCCUCGGAUGGCCAUUGUACCCAGGAAGCUCUGAAUAUGAUCAAAUCAGAUUCAUUAUCCAAACUCAAGGACUUCCACCAACAACUAUGCUUGAGAGUGCUUCAAAAUUACACCGAUUCUUCAAAGAAGUCAAGUCGACCAGCCCGAAUCAUGCCAACGUCGGAGGAAGCUACUAUCGUUUGAAGACAGUGGAAGAGUACGAGUCGUCCUCAACCUCAGCCAAAUCCAAGGAAACCAGAAAGUACAUUUUCAAUGUCAUCGAUGAUAUUUCUCGUGUUUGCUAUGGAUUCGAAUCGGAUCCAGUUGAACACCUUUGCGAUCGUAUUGACAGACAAGAAUUCGUUGAUGUGCUGAAGAAAAUGCUUGUUUUGAAUCCAGAUUUCAGAAUUUCACCUGCUGAGGGCUUGGAAUCAAAAUUUGUAACCAUGACUCAUGUUAAUGGAUACACCUUCGCAAACUACGUUCACGAGGCUCACAAGAGAAUGGAGAUCUGUCGCAAGAGUGGAGCCACAAUCCCAACACCAUACCGUGCUCCAAAUGUUCCAACUCCAAUCACUCCAGCUGAGAAGGUUGUCGUUCCACCAAAGAUUCAGCAGCCGAUGAUUGCUGUCCUUCCUGCUCAAAUGAACACUCUUCCAACAGCAAACCUUUCAACUGUGGGAACUCAACCGGACCUCACAAAUCUCAUGCACCAUUACUCACAAAUGGCCGCGGCUACCAACAACGCAGCAACUGCAGCUCAGUUCUUCUACCAACCAAUUCCUCCACCACCACUGUUCCAGUAUGCUCAACUUCAUCAUCCAUUCGCCGCACGUCAACCACAUUUUUUAUCCCUGGCCACCCCGAGUCAUAUGGUUCCCCAGUUUGUUCCGGUCCCCAUAAUGGAUCCAUCAAUGCUUCAGGGACAGUGGCCACCAGGGGCCGCACAACAGUUCGCCGUACUCGCAAAUGACAUGAUGCGGGCGCCACAACAAGGAGUUCAACAACUCAAUCCGAUCAACCAAAUGUUCGCUGCCACACCACAAGCAUUCACUCUCCCUCAGUUUCUGACGUCAUCGAUUCCAAACACCGCAUUCAAUGCGAAUCAACCACCAAUCCCGUUUCCUGAAGAGAACUCUAGUUGGGGAUUAGGAACAACUGCACAACAACAACAACAGCAACAACAACGGGCACAAUCGAUGAUCAACGGAAACAACAGACCGAAACCAAUAGUGUCACAACAGCAGAAAAAGAACUCCCCUGCUCCGUCAGUGAUAACGUUGUCGAGUGACGAAGAUAGCAAUGGUCCAAGUUCAAGCAACAGUGGUAGUUCUACGCGUACCGGUGCCGUAAACCCUGUGAGAACCGACAUGCUCCCAUUUGCAAAUGGUAUCAAGCCCGAAGAUAUUGUUAUCCCACCGACCACUUUUGAUGGACUCUCCAACCUCAAUUACUUCCCGAUCCCGCAACUUUUCGAUGCGCAAACUGUAGCUGGCCUUCUCCCAACGCCGUUUUUUGAUCCCACUCACCUUCCCAGAAACUUCAAUUAA